AUGAGUACUUCGAGCGCGAGGGCUCCGUGUACUUUUGAAGAGGAAAAGCUUUCGGCCAAACAAGAUGGCCGAUUUUUAACUGUGAAAUUACGUGGUAAAUGUACAGAACAAUCCGGAAAAGUUCAUGAAAUUGAAAAGAUAAUAAUGAUAGAAGCAUUAUUACGUCAUACAACCGAAAUUGAAGCAAUUACCCGUUCGAGGUUAAUUAAAAUUGAUAGCAUUCAAGUUUAUGAACGAAAUAGAGAUUCUCUUAAUUUAAUUAUUAUACCAACGUCAUGUAGUGUCAUCAUAUUACUGGCGAUAGUCACAUUCGGACUCAGAUCGAUAAGGGAGAAGCAAAAACGGCGACAUAUCGAAGGUGAAUUGGAAAAACGACGUACUGCUAAACAACGUGCAGCAAAUUCCGCUAAUAGUGAUCCAAAUGCUGGUGAAAAACAACGUCUUCUUCAACCAGAACCACUUGUCGGCAGAGCAAGUGACACACUCGGUUCACCGAAAGAAUUUACAAAUGACCGAGAUGAUCCUCGUUUAACUCGACCUUUUCGACAAGACACGAAUGCUAACAAUCGUAUCUAUACUCAAGAUUCACCGACCAUAAUUGAUAUUCGUAGUGAUCCGGCUAGUACUGGUGGUAGUUACUAUCGUCAACCUUCAGAUGAGCGAAUGUCACGCCCUUACAGAGACGAACAAGUACAGUACCGAGAUGAAAUAGACGGACGAUCAUCGCGGCAAGACCCACAACCCAUGAGAUCAAGUCGCGAACGAAUGCAAAAUCCUUACAACGAUAAUCCUGCUCACCGAUUUUCUCCAAAUCAUGAUGAAAUACUUAUGACAGAACGAGAUCAGAUGUAUCAAGCAAUGCCUCCAUCCGCUUAUAUGGUUACAAAUCUUCCACGCGUUGUUGUUCGCUCUGUACACGCCGAUGCUGAUUUUGCUUCUUAUCAUCCACAACAGCAGCAGCAGCAUCAUCAUCAAGAUGAAACCAUGUUUGUACCUAUUCCCGUACAAAUAGAGCGUGGAGGUGUUCAUGCACGUUUUCCAUCGUAUGAAACUCGAACUCAGCCAUUCAUGCCUCCUAAUUACGAUGAACAACAAACUCAUUCUUACUAUAGGCAUGUCAAUGCUUAA